AUUAAAUCUCCAAGUAAAACUUCGUUCACGAACUUCCCACUUCAGCCAAUUCCGACAACCACCACCACCACCGACACCGCCUUAAGUCGACAAACACAACAUCCGCCAAAAUGGGUCGUCUUCACUCCAAGGGAAAGGGUAUCUCCGCCUCAGCGCUCCCCUACUCGCGCAACCCGCCUGCCUGGCUCAAGACCACUCCCUCCCAGGUCGAGGAGCAGAUCUGCCGUCUCGCCCGUAAGGGUGCUACCCCCUCCCAGAUCGGCGUCGUUCUCCGUGACUCCCACGGAAUCGCCCAGGUCCGCUUCGUCACUGGUAACAAGAUCCUCCGAAUCCUCAAGUCCAAUGGCCUCGCCCCCGAGAUUCCUGAGGAUCUGUACAUGUUGAUCAAGAAGGCCGUCUCCGUCCGAAAGCACCUCGAGCGCAACCGCAAGGACAAGGACGCCAAGUUCCGCCUCAUUCUGAUCGAGUCGCGAAUCCACCGUCUUGCCCGCUACUACAAGACCGUCGGUGUCCUCCCCCCUACCUGGAAGUACGAGAGCGCCACCGCCAGCACCAUCGUCGCGUAAGUGUAAGCAUUAAAACGUUUGGCGUAAUUACGCAACGGGCUCUCGCGCAGAGAUGGGGAUUGGUGUUGCAAUGUGGAAUUGCCUGGUCUGGUCAUGGAGUUCGUGGAAAACGGAAAUUGCUUUUUCGGGACAAGCCACAAGAAAGUGAUGAGCGUCCCGAUUCUGCUUCACUAGGUACCUACCUGUUAGUUGGUAGUAGUCGCACACGAUAAAGAUAGGCGAUGCGAAUAAACAAUUACACAACAAGAGAUCGAUACGAGUCUCGCGAAGAACAG